AAGUAUUAGAAAAUCAUUGAAUUGAUAAACUAUUAGACAUUUGUUUGACUCAACAGUUGUGUCCAACACUUUACCGAAGACUACAACCAAUUGGUGACUAUUUUUUUUGGUGAUAGUAAUCAUUAAAACAAUGCAUUCAUUGUUAAAGUGGUUACCGAUGUCUGUCCGGAGUCGACACAAUCGUCUCUUAUUAAUCGCAAGACAUUACACACAACCAUCAGAUCAAAGACCUUCACCUCAUGUAGUGAUCAUUAAAGACAUGAAAGCAGUCGAUAGUAAUGAUUCAGAUAUGAAGACAACAAUCGAUAAACAGAUAAUUGAUUGGAAAUCAACCAUUCCUUUGGUUAAUACACUAAACACCGAUCAGUGGAAACAAGACAUCGAAGACUACAUCAUUGAAGAUGAAGACUUGGAUAAGGAUCCGUUGGCCACACUAUUGGACACCAAUUACUUCACUGAUAGGACAGUCAAAGAGUACAUGAAUGUAGAGUUGAAGGAUAUUGAAGGCCAUACACUCUCAUUGAGUGAUAAGUUAACAGGUCCAAUCAAUGCUCAACUCAGUGGAUCAGAAAAAAUAUUUUUAAACAAAAUAUUAUGUAACAGAUUUGGAUCUAUUGAUCGAUCGAUGAAACCUAAAUUCGGAGAAAAGACUGUCGAAGCCUUUGUUGAAAGUUUUAUCAACAAAUUAAUUGCAAAUGAUUUGAUUGAUUCCAGUGUCGAUCGAAUAAAUCGAAUGAAAUUCAGACUCGACGGACAAACAGUUACUUCAACGCCAGAUAUUCUCUUAAUUAACGAUAAACAGCACAUUCUUCUUGUAAUUGAAGCGAAAUCAGUCAUUAAAGACAUAACAGAUUUGGAAAAACCAAGAGCUCAGACAAUCGGUGAAAUGAUAGCGAUUGCAAAAUAUAAUAUAUUCGGUGAGAAAUCUCUUGAGUCCAAAGUCAAUGGUGUCGACACAUUCGGUGUCUUAGUUUGUAGUAAUGACUGGUUUUUCUAUUCAACACACAUUACGGCUAAUUACUUAAAAUCUUUGGAUAUUAAACAUAUCUUAUCAACCGAUAAACCACUACUAACUAUAUAUCAAUGGAAUAAUGGAAAUCCAUUUGAUAUCACAAAUGAAAAAGAGAGACAAAUUAUUAUUGAAUACAUCGUAAGGAUUGCCAAACAUAAGAAUAGUAAGAAUGUGGUCAACUUGAAGGCCAAACCAAAGAACACAAUGACCGGCAAAACUCAUAUCAAUAUCGGUACCAUUGGUCACGUAGAUCACGGAAAAACCACACUAACCGAAGCCAUUACCAAAGUUUGCGCCGAAAGAGGUCAUUCACGAUACAUGUCGUUCGAUUCCAUCGAUAAGGCGCCCGAAGAACAACUCAGAGGUGUGACCAUCAAUGCCUCGCACGUGGAGUACGCGACCAAAAAUCGACACUACGCUCACACCGACUGUCCCGGACAUCGGGAUUACGUUAAGAAUAUGAUUUGCGGCACUUCACAGAUGGACGGCGCCAUUCUUGUGGUGGCCGGAAGUGAGGGACAAAUGCCACAAACUAGAGAACAUCUUAUGUUAAGUAAACAAAUCGGUGUCAAAAAGUUGGUCGUCUUUGUCAACAAAUGUGAUCUAAUCGAUGAUGAGAUGAAAGAAUUGGUAGAAAUGGAAGUGAGAGACCUGUUAAACAACUAUGGCUUCGAUGGCGAUAACACACCGUUUGUAUUUGGAUCAGCUCUGGCGGCUCUUAACGGAGAGAAAUCAGACGUCGGCGAAGAGUCUAUUAUCAAACUGUUGGAUACACUCGACUCAUACAUUACUCCUCCGGAAAGAGACACAAAAUCACCAUUUCUUAUGCCAAUUAUGUCGACAGAUAUUACUCGCAGAGGAAUUGUUUGUAUUGGAACCGUUGAAAAGGGAACCAUAGCUCGUGGCGAUCCCAUUGAUAUUAUAGGUUGGGAUGCUAUCAUCAAAAGUGUCGCAACAGAUAUCCAUAUGUUUGGUCGAUCGAUACCUAAUUGUGAAGCUGGAGAUGAUGUCGGCAUUCUUUGUAGAGUUUGUAAUGGAAUAAUUAAAAUAGAGAGAGGAAUGUACGCAACGAAGCCGUCGUCCGUUAAUUUGAACAAUCGAUUUGAGGUUUACCUGUAUUUGAUACCGAAAGGAGAGGGCGGACGAGAUAAACCUAUUUCGACAAAAUUUAUACAACAAAUAUUUAGCCGAACGUGGAGUGGCGGCGCCCGUAUUGACGUUCCCGAUGAAUCGGGGGGUAUACUGAUGCCCGGCGAUCACGGCAAAGUCCAUAUGACACUACAGUACGGUAUGUUUAUGAACAUUGGCCAGUCGUUUACAUUGCGUGAACACCAGCACACUAUUGCAUCGGGAAUUGUCACCGGAUUCCUGGACAGUAUACCGGUGUCCGAUAAUCUUGAUCUUCUGGAUCUGCCAUAUGGAGUACAAACGGCCAACAAAUCGGAUCAACAAAAGUGACUUUUUUAUAAUUAUGUAAAAAUUGUUGUUUAAAUUAUUGAUAAGAC